GCACGCGGGAGACAAGAUUGGAUUCGGUGCCAAAUUGCAAACUUCAAAUAUGACACUAUAGCAGACGACGACUUUAAGCGAGAUUUCGGCAGAGAUACGGGAUGGGGCAACCGAAUUCACCAGAGAUUUGAACAUGUUACAAUUUGGACAAAUUAUGAAUGCAGUUCCAACAUCCGGCAACAGCAUUCGGGCAGCCUUCUCCUACUGUGCUCAGCAAGUUCGCAGCUAUGAUUACCACCAUUACCUCUGCCUACUUCUCCUUCCAACUUCUAUGCGUAAGGCUGCAUUCGCAUUCCGCGCCUUCAAUGUUGAGAUUGCAAGAGCCAUGGAUGUCACUUCUGAUCCCAGCGUCGGCCUCAUGCGCCUAUUAUGGUGGCAAGAAGCCAUUGACAAGAUAUUUGCUAAGAAGCUCAUUGAACAGCCAGUCGCGAGAGCUCUCUCUGCAGUGAUUUCAGAGCAUAAGAUUAGCAAACAGUGGCUCAAACGGUCAGUCGAGGCCCGGAUAAAUGAUGCCAACAAAGACGAGAGUUACAUUCCUGCAAGCAUUGCUGAUCUGGAGAAAUAUGCAGAAGACACAGUUUCGACUAUUCUAUAUUUGACUCUCCAAGCAGGUGGGAUUCAAUCCACUGCCGCAGAUCAUGCAGCUUCACAUAUCGGCAAAGCAAAUGGUCUGCUCCUGCUGCUGAAAUCUCUGCCAUAUCAUGCUGGCAGAACUGGAAGAAUACCUUACAUACCAGCUCAAGUGGCAGAGAAACAUGGGCUGCUGGUCACUGAGAAUGGGAGAUCAGAGAUCCGAAUGGAUUAUUUAAACGAACAGCUUUCGGAUGCAGUGUUUGAGGUUGCAUCUGUUGCUCUUGCUCAUCUGCGGAAAGCUCAGGAAUUGGCUUCGACUGUUCCUGCAGGGGCUGUUCCUGUCUUACUGCCUGCGGUGGCAGCGCAGGUGCUUUUUGAUUCUCUGGAUCGGAGUCAUUUCGAUGUGUUCGAUCCAAGGUUGGGAAGAGGGGUUCUCGGUGUCUCUCCACUUUGGUAUCAGUUGAAACUCAAAUGGCAUUCCUGGAGAAACAAUUAUUGACUACUGCUGAUAUUUAGAGGUCUGAAGGGCGUUCAUUUUCGCUUUAGAAGAUUUUAAUGUUUGGAUGCUCUCCCUAAAGACGCCAUUGCUAUCUAGUUUUAUUUUAUUCUGGUCACAAUUUGUGUUUCCAUUUCUUCGAAACGUUUUAUUUUGAAGGUGGAAAAUAUUUUAUAA